GCUCUCAUUCGCUGAGAUGAGUCGACUUUAACGAGGAGUUCAGCCAAGCCUGACAUCUCACAGGGAAAAAGAUCUCAUAAAAAUAAGGCUAAGUGUUAAAAACACGUAUUGCAUUUUUAAACUGCGGCACUUCUCUGCAAAAUGAGUACUCGAUGAAAACCAUUGCGUUAUGUAAGUCCUAUUUAGUCGCUGCCAAACAGAAAAACGCAGAUUCCUUUUUUCAAGGAUGAAUAUAAGGACAAACAUUUUAUGUCUUAGUGAUUAGUUCAAACUGUUUAAUGAUUUAAGCAACAAGUCUGAUAGUUAGUGAGCACUUAUCUUUUAUCAACGGAUUGUCUUCAAGGAAAUUAUAGAAACAAUGGAAGUGAGCAUCAUGAACGCUGAUGACAGUUUCUGUAGCACGGAUGCCAAUUUAGAUCUUCUCGCACCGACACCUUCGCCGGACUCAAGCGGGCACGAGAGCGAUGAUCUCCCCACGCCGCCGCACUCCGCAUCGUCGGCCGGUAACAAGUCCUCCUUCUCAAUCGCCGAGAUUCUUGGCUCCUCAUCGGCUUCCUCGCAUACAUCUUACCCCCACCACAAGAACGAUAGACAGGUCCUGAGUCCGGACGACAGGGGUAGUCUCAACUCUCCUAUCUUGGACGGAGGAGCACACUUGGUCCGUCCCAAGGCUCUGAGGGAAACGGGGAUACCAGUCUCCGGGGUCGGAGGAGCGGGACUACCGCCCGGACAUUGGUGUGGCAGCCCUCCUGGUGCAGCAGCAUUGCAAUACGCGUAUGGUACAUCUCCCGGUAUGCCCGUUUGGUCAUCAUGGUGUCAAGCGGCCGCAUUUGGCAGACCAAAUAUUCCUGGUCCCAAACCUCUCGGUAGAAGACCGAGGAAGCCCGGGGUAGAUCGGAAACCGAGGCAGGCCUACUCCUCCAAACAGCUGGAGCGUCUUGAAGAGGAGUUUAAGGCCGACAAGUAUCUGAGUGUCAGCAAGAGACUAGAGCUAUCGAUGGCACUCAACCUCACCGAGACGCAAAUCAAGACGUGGUUCCAAAAUCGAAGAACAAAAUGGAAGAAGCAGAUGAUGGCCCGCCUGAAGAUAGCCCAGCGCCAAGGCUUGUGGACGGCACCUUUCCUGACCCCCUGGUACUCUCCCCUCGGACCUUACACGGCAGCAACGGCAGCAGCGUACGCCCCUUACCCACCACCGGGUCUCCCGGGCGGUCUUCCUCCGUCAAGUUUCACCAAGGAGGUGACAUCGGUUGGGGCAUCAUCAGCAAUGGCAUCUCAACGGCCGCUGCUAACACCUGGCACCUUACAUCGCUCGGGACUAAGCUAGACUUGUAGAUAAUUGGACUAGAUAUUAUUAUUACCACUAAAAAUAUAUAUGAAGAAAACAUGAAACAAACCUAGUCACUAAUAGAGACAUAGGCUCUUUUCGAAACCACGGCUUUAGCACCAGAUUCGGCUCAGGCUAGCUUGGCCCCGCGGCUGUUUUGACAAUAUUGCGCGUGCUAUGCGUACGUGUUCAGGGCUUCAUACAAAAGAACGGAGCCUGAAGCCGAACUCAAAGUCGAAGCCGUGGAUUCGAAAAGGGACAUAGACGGCAACCUUUCAAUAAAUCUGCAAUAUUUGUUUGAAGGAAGAGCCAGUUCAGUAUGUGUAGUUUUGUUUUAGAAACUUUUAUCCAACGAUUAAAGGUAAACCAGCGGGAUUGGUUAUCUAGGACCCGUUUCUUUAUGCUUUUUAUACGCUGUGCAAUGUUUUUUUUUUUUGUAUUUCAAUUAUUGUUCUUCCUAAACCUUUUGUCAUGAUGUUUCAAAACAAUUGAUUUUGGACUUGUAUACGGUGCUGUAGGGCUAACCUUUGCAAAGACAAUAGUUCUGGUUUCGUCAAACAUUUUCUGAAUUUUGCAGUUUUGCUGUGUUUCGCCUUUGCCUUUUUUUAGGAGCUACAUUUUUUAAACUAUAAAUUAAAGGGGAACGACAUCUCCUUUAAAUCCGAAUUACUUUUAAAAAGUGUCCAAUACUCCCGUAUGUGUAUGUCUUUGAAUCAAGAUAAGGAACAAUCAUAACGUUAGUAACGUGGUAAUAACCGAGGUGCUUAC